AGAUAUGAAACUUUGCGAAAGAUUAUGCAGGUAUCUCUCUAUAAAAAUCAGGUCUUAAACCAAUUGAGGAGAAACAAAUGGACUUGUUACAAUUUUUAAAUCUCUACAAAUAGUUGAAACAAUCAUUGCAAAUUCAUUUACUUGUAAUACAUAAUCCAAAAGAAAUAAUUGUAAUUGAAUAAAAAUAUGAUUUAGAAUAUUACUAAAUUACACAAAGAAGUCUUUGUAGACACUUAGUUACAAUAUCUUAAUGUAGUAUUAAAAUCUUUGAAUCUUUGUCCAUUUGUUUUUGACAUCAAUAUAAACGAAUUAAUAAGUCAUGCUAAAGUAUAAACAAGAGUAGGUAGAUUUUGCCAAUAUAUUAAAAAAUUAAUUUGUUGCAAACUUUGA